AGAUGAAAAAAACAACCAUGAAUGAGCCACUAGACGGUUUUGCAAAUGCUUCUGAUUUCCCUGAUUAUGCAGCUGCUAUUGGAAAUUGCUCUGAUGAAAAAAUCCCACUUAAGAGGGACUACCUCCCAGUUAUUUACAGCAUCAUCUUCCUGGUGGGCUUUCCGGGGAACGCAAUGGCAAUCUCCACGUACAUCUUCAAAAUGCGGCCCUGGAAGAGCAGCACCAUCAUCAUGCUCAACCUGGCUUGCACGGACCUGCUGUACCUAACCAGCCUGCCUUUCCUGAUUCACUACUAUGCCGGCGGCGAAAACUGGAUCUUUGGGGAUUUUAUGUGCAAGUUCAUCCGCUUUGGAUUCCAUUUCAACCUGUACGGCAGCAUCCUCUUCCUCACUUGUUUCAGCAUCUUCCGCUACAUUGUGAUCAUUCACCCAAUGAGCUGCUUCUCCAUUCACAAAACGCAGUGGGCCGUGGUGGCCUGCGUGGUGGUGUGGAUGGUUUCUCUGGUGGCUAUUAUUCCCAUGACCUUUCUGAUCACUUCCACCACCAGGACCAACAGAUCCGCCUGCCUGGACCUCAGUAGUUCUGAUGACCUCACAACCAUCAAAUGGUACAAUCUCAUUUUGACAGCUACCACGUUCUGCUUCCCCCUGGUGAUAGUGACACUCUGCUACACGAUGAUUAUCUACACCCUAAACCAAGGACCUCAGACUCGCAGCUGCCUGAAGCAAAAAGCCCGGAGGCUAACCAUCCUGCUGCUCCUGGUGUUUUAUGUGUGUUUCCUUCCCUUCCAUAUCCUGAGGGUCAUUCGGAUUGAAUCUCGCCUCAGCUGCCCCAUGGAGAAGCAGAUCCACGAAGCUUACAUCGUCUCCCGGCCACUCGCUGCCCUCAACACCUUCGGGAACCUGUUACUGUAUGUGGUGGUUGGGGACAACUUUCAGCAGGCCGUCUGCUCCAUGGUGAGAUGCAGCGCAAGUGGGGACCCGGAGAAAGCCCAGAAAAUCAGUUGCUCCUACCAGCCCUAACCCGCUUUGUUUCUCAGCCCAAAAGAAAAGCCUGCUGAUAUUUUUCCUGUAACUUCUGAGAAGUCCAGAAAGCCUCCCUCAGGGGGACUGUCAAUAAAUAUUGGGUAUUGAGGUGAUCAGGUGCCAAAGUCAGGACGGGGCAGCUGGGACUCAUUUGUGGCCACAUAGUGAGAUCCUUUCUUGGGUAAAUAUAAGGAUAGGACAGUGCAUUUCAGGAAAGGAUCCAGAUGUAGAAUUGGAAACAUUGGUACUCAAAGGCAUCUCAGAGAACAUCGAGUCUCACCUACUUCUUAGGGAAACUGAAGGUCACCCACUUGCCCACUAUCUCCCCACAAGCUGUUCUGAGAUAAGAGAAAACUAGU